AUGCCCUUACUGGCACAAUUUAACGAUAAAACAAAACUAACCAUCGUGAGAAAGGCAACGGAGACAUUGUCAAAUCUUUGUGCGAGACAUCCUCAGUUAGAGCAGGUGAAAUCUGCCAUCCUUCCUCUUGCUCAUCUGAUUCAAACAGACGAUGAAGAAGGCCUUAAGCAUGCAUGCUGGGCACUAUUCCGUCUAACUUGUGGGGAAAUGGAUAUAAGACAAGCAGUGAUCGAUGCUGGGGUUUUUCCUCGUUUGGUUGAGCUUUUACUAUCUCCUUCACAUCGUGUUUUGCUUCCUGCCUUGUCCGUUGUUGAUAAUAUUAUUCCAUAUGUAAAUGUCGUCCAGAUUCAGGUGGAGAAGGGUGACCUUGUCAAUGAUGCCAAAAAUGCAUUGCUUCAUCCUUCAUGGUUUGGAAAUAUUCAUUUUGCAAAUGCAGUCUUGUUGCUUCUGUUGCUAAAUAAACAUUAG